AUGAACUCCCCGAUUCCCGAAUCAAAUCCCAUCGUGUACAAUCCCUGCGGCUACGAUACCAAGUGCUACCAGGCGCUCCUCGACGACAACGGCCGGCCGCUGUUCGACGCCGACCUCCUGUGGGGUAUCAGAAUGGACCCGGACGCGUACGCCGAACUGCUGUGGCCGUGGAGCGUAGAUGACGAUGACUUCGUAGCGGGUCCCGAUAAGUGGCGCGCCCUUUCAAGACAAUGGGACCGGUGGAAGGACUUUCGCGAAUGGCAGCUGCACGGAAGACGCAGGAAGCCCGGGUUUGAGGAAUAUCUCGGCACGUACAAGCGCGACCUCCUCAUGACGGCCAAGGGCCGCGAAAGCGUGGCUAGCCCGAGCUUCGAAGAAGAUGCGCGCAAGAGAUGGGAGCGGGAGUAUCACGACUGCGGCGAGGCCGAAGAAGACGUCGAAAGGCACACCGAGGACGUGAGGUCAUGGCUUCCCCAAGGGUUCGUUCCCCGGCGGCCCCUGAAGCUGCUGCCGGACCCCAAAGCGCAGGACCAGUGGACUACGUUUGUCGAGUAUCUCGCCUUCGAGGAGUUUACGCUCUUCCCGCUCGCCAGGACCGCGCGGGAACAGGAGGAGGCCAGGGAGUGGGGCUACGAGAAGCACAAAGCUAUAGCCGACCAGCAGCAGGGCAGGGUUGAUUGGGUGGUUGUCUGA